AUGGCGAUGCAUGCAAAUACAAGUGAUUCCAAUAUAUACCUUCCAUCUCCUUACUAUAGGAAGACCAUGACACAUUCAGAUUUGAGUACAACUAGAUUGGAACCUAUAGCUGUAUUGGUUAGUUUGGAGAAACCUCAGUUCUCACCCUCACUCACUCAGUUAGGGUUAGGAACCCCUUUCUCAGUUCUCACUUCCUCUGUUCCUCAGCUCUUCUCCAAGACCAUAGUGAGUCCUCUCAUCACUCUCAGUUUCUCUUCACUUCACGUCUUCACCCUCAAAAAGAACAGAGCUCUUCCUAUUUCCCCUAAAAAAACCCUAGCCUCCUCCACCGCCGCCGCCGUCCGUCGCGCCCAAAAGCUUCGUCUGUUCGUCGUGCUCCAGCCCCUCUCCACGUUCCCCUGUUCCUCGUCCAUUCUUCUCGCUGCUCAAUCGCGCUUUGCCCGCCGUCUCUCGUCGUGCUCGUCGCCGUCGUCCGUCGUGCUCGUCCCUCGAAGAAAUCAUAUUAACAAUCCUCAAUGCUCACUGCUCACUGGUCAGUGGUCACUCCUCAUCCCUCAAUGUUCAGAAAUCAUGUUUUGUUCUUCGUUUUUGAAUUUUAAUUGGCUACUCUGAGUUUGUUUUGUUCAG